CGCGCCCGCCCCGCGAGCCGGCCACCUGUGCCAGGUGCCCUGUGGAAUCCAGUGAGACGGGAGGCACGGAGCAGACGCCAUGAGUAUCUCAGCCCUGGGGAGCAGCGGCAAAGGGAAGGCGCUCCUGCCUGGCGAGGAGGAGCGCAAUAACGUCCUCAAGCAGAUGAAGGUGCGGACCACGCUGAAGGGGGACAAGAGCUGGAUCACCAAGCAGGAUGAAUCGGAGGGGCGCACCCUAGAGCUGCCCCCUGCCCGGUCUCGUGCCACAUCCUUCUCAUCAACUGCGGAGGUCUUGAAGGCCAGGCCUCCGAGUGCCAGGGCCCCCACUGGCUACAUCAUCCGGGGAGUGUUCACAAAGCCCAUAGACAGCUCAUCGCAGCCCCAGCAGCACCUCCCCAAGGCCAAUGGAGCUCCAAAGAGUACCACAGGUCUGGUGAGAGCAGCUCCUGCUGGGCCUCCUCGCCUCUCCUCCUCUGGCUACAAGAUGACCACGGAGGACUACAAGAAGCUGGCACCCUACAACAUCCGACGCAGCUCAUCAUCAGGGGACCCUGAGGAGGAGGAGGUGCCCUUCUCCUCUGAUGAGCAGAAGCGCAGGUCCGAGGCCGCAAGCAGCGUGCUGAGGAAGACGGCUGCGCGGGAGCACUCCUACGUCCUGUCGGCGGCCAAGAAGAGCUCAGGCAGCCUUUCCCAGGAGCCGCAGGCGCCAUUCAUCGCCAAGAGGGUCGAGGUGUUGGAUGAGGAUGGGCCUUCUGAGAAGAAGCAGGACCCACCCACUGUGACGACAUCCAGCCCUGGCUCGAGCAGUGUGGACGGAGGCAGAGCCAAGGUGUCUCGGGCGAUUUGGAUUGAGCGCGUGCCGAGUCUGCCCAGCCCCUCCGGGAGCCGGGAGCCCAGCACAAGAGGUGAGGAGAUUGUCCGCCUGCAGAUCGUGACGCCUGGGGCGGGGCUCCGCCUGCUGGCCCCAGACCCGGGGGCAAUGAGGUCUCCCCCGGGCCCCAAAGACCAGGAAGUUUCCAGUCCCAGAGAGCCCAUGAGAGACUCGGCUGGCGAGGAGGCCUUCAAGGUCAUGGGCCCAGACUCUGCAAGGCUGUGCUUAGCGGAGGGCCCCGUCCCUCUCCCGGAUGAUGAGGCCAUGCACGGUGCCGACUCUCAGCCCUGCAAGCCUGGACCAGAGGUCGCCAGCUCUGGUGCCACCUUGGCCUCUGCCAUCCUGACUGACAGGAAGAGCGACAGCCUAGCAGACCUGGAGGAAGUGAAGGCAGAUCAGAAGGGCGCCUUGUCUGCUUCUGAAGAGAACGCGGAUCUUGAGGUGCAAGAGACCUGGCAGGAGAGGCCCGCAGCCCCGAGAGGCAGCCUGGGAUGCCCGGCAGCGCCCACCCAGCAGCCUGAGGACCCCAGCGCCCCUGAGAGGGAGAGACAGCAAGGCCCUGGGGGCCCUGAGCCACUCGUGCAGCUGGACAACUGGGCUGGCAGCGCCUUGUCUGCUUCUGAGGAGAACACGGACCCUGAGGUGCAAGAGACCUGGCAGGAGAGGCCCGCAGCCCCGAGAGGCAGCCUGGGAUGCCCGGCAGCGCCCACCCAGCAGCCUGAGGACCCCAGCGCCCCUGAGAGGGAGAGGCAGCAUGGCCCUGGGGGCCCUGAGCCACUCGUGCAGCUGGACAACUGGGCCGGCAGGGGGAGACCCUCGAGCUGUAUGGUCACUGUGACUGUCACCGCCACUGCUGAGCAGCCUCAGGUGUCCGCCCCGGCCUCCCCAAGGGAGCUGGACUGCAGCUCUGCCAGCAAGGGCGUUCUCUUCGUGAAGGAAUACACCAAUGCCAGCGAGGUGUCUUCUGGGAAGCCGCCGUUUUCAUGCUACAGCAGUGCGGGAUCUGCAGCAAGCCGAUGGGUGAGCUCCUGGACCAGAUCUUCAUCCACCGCGACACCAUCCACUGCGGGAGGUGCUAUGAGAAGCUCUUCUAGCAACCCCUGGCCAGGAAGCCGCUGAGGACUCCCAGACAAGCUUGGCCGCCCCAGCUCCCCAGGUUGCUGGUUCUCCUUCCCUCAUGUCCUCCCUCCCCAUCUGAUUUCUUCAUGCUUUUGCCUUGUCAAGUUGAACUCGCUGACGCCCAGUAGCGCAUCUUCGCGACGGCUACCCGUGUAGCUCUUCUAGCUUAGAAAGCACUUCACAGCCACCAGCUGAGUCGCGGCUGAGUAAAGGGGACUGAACGAGAAUUCCAGCCAGGCUGCUCGAGGGCAGACUUCCCCAUCAGUUGAGGUGGCCUAUACUGUGUUUGGCGUGGGAAGGAACUUGGGGUUCAUUGUGCCCUGAAUCAGAAGGGAGAACACCCCACUUUCUUUUUUGGAUCUCUGAGCGCAUGUUUGGGAUUUGAGGGGAGACCUGUAGCUUUGGAGGGGCCAGGCGGGGAGCUGUCGACGAUGCCUGCUGGGUAGAUGUAGGUGCUAGGUGCUCAGCACCGCCGGAAGCUCGUGUCGCUUACCUACUUCCCACGUGCAUGGUUAGACUCUCCACGACGUCAUAAGCUGAUUGUGAUUGGCUUAGAAAGCAGUCUCUGACCUGCUGGCAGCACCUUCACUGUCGCUGGCGCCGGCCUGUACUGGAAAGUUCACGCAAGUGGGCUUCAGUUCUCGCCGCGUGAUUCUUAGGUGGGUACUGACCGAAGGGUCCUCUGUGUCUGCAUUUUGAUAGCCGGUUAAUAUGUUUGCCCUCAAUUCCCGAUCCCUGAGCCUGAUGUGGAAAUACCCUCGAGCAGGUUUUAGGGUAGACAGACUCCAGCCGGACGGAGGAGGGAAGCAGCUAAUGUUUGCGACCUUACCACACGCCGGGCCUUGUCACUGGCGGGCGGCGCUGACCCUCACAUUGGUCCUGUGUGGAGGGUGUUCUCGUCCCCACUUUACAGAUGAGGGCUCUCGGGCUCAGAGAGGUGGUCAGGGUCUCUGGGGAGCCAUUGCUGUCUCUCCACAGCCCAUGUGUGCUCCAGUACCAGCGACUGAGAUAGCGACCCCUGGCUUAGCACCGGACGCGUGCGAAGCAGUGUGCAGACGUGAGCCAUUCCUUCCAGGUGGUACCAACCCCUCAGGCCUCCCCUGAGGCAAGCUCUUCCAGGGAGGGUAGGGUAUGAAAUCCCAUAAAUUACCACAAGGGGCAUUUCGCCCCGUCCCUCUCCCCUCCUCAUGAAACUGCUCUGACCUGUACUGCUUGUGGCUUGAAACAGGUUUCACUCAGGCCUUCCCAGAAGGGCGCUUCUUGUCCACAGGGCCAGGGCCAGUGCACUAGCCCAUCCCAGCACAGGCACUUCCGAAGCUGGUGGCAGCCACUAGGGCCCCAGGUCCUUGGAAGGCAGAAAGCCGAUGGCCACCUGGGCUAGUCCGAGCUGUCAGAUGGUGCUGCUCAUGUUCCAGCCCCUGUGCUCUCGGGCCCAGCAUCACCUCAGGAGGAGGAACAGCCCUGAGAGGUUUUCUGAUGCAAACCCCAGGCCUCCUCUCUUGAUUUCAUUGGGACCUUUCUGUCCCUUUCCAGUUUCUGAGCCUGAGCGCUUGGCUGGGAUCCCAGAACAGCGUUCCACAUAUGUGCAAAAUGUGCAAAGGGUUUUUUCUGGAGGGGAAGUGGCACCACAGCCGUGUGCUGACACUGAAGGUGAGCUGGUCUUCCUCAAGUCCAGCCCACACAUGUGGCUUGGCUGGUGGUGGGCACCAAGGCACAGGGCACUGAGCGCGUGGAUGAAGGAAUGGGAAGGAAAGUCUCCACGGUGGGAGCUGCCAUCGGAGUCUCACACCGGCCCAGCUGAUGGAGUGUGGGGGAGAAAGCCCAAGACACGCUGGCUUCCCUCCCGGCGGCACCACCUACUCUGCCAUUCAGGGAGUUCUCGAGCAGCCGUGCGAGACACUGAGAGAGAUUGCAAGCUCAGCAUCGAUUUUGAUCCAAAACAGCCUCCUUCAAGUUUUAAAGGGCACAGAAUUCUGCAGACAUAAGAGUGGUGGUUGCAUUAUACUUUUGCUUCUUCUUCAUUGCCUAGUAUUUUAACCAUGACUUGUUUAGCCACAUGAAAGUAUACAACUCUAAUAAAUGUCAAGAUAUCCCAUGUGCACGUGUCGAUGUUAAGAUUU